AUGGCGAAAUGUUUCCCCUGUUUUUCGCUGUCGGUUUUCCCGGCCGAGGACCUGGUUUUCGCACGUUGUUUCUUCGCCAUGUUGACUGGAAUGACGUACGUCAUCACUUCGCGACACUACGUGACGACUGAGAGGCAGAGAGAGCUGGAGGGGAGGUGGCAACAAAUCCAGCAGAGAAUCCAGGACAAACAGAAAGAUGUGAAGCUGCUCCAGCAGGAGGUGGAGGCCAUCGAUCAGUCUGCUGACAAAACAGUGAAGGACAGUGGGAAGAUGUUCACUGAGCUGAUCCGUCUCAUCCAGAACAGACGCUCUGAUGUGGAGCAGCAGGUCAGAUCCCAGCAGCAAACUGCAGUGAGGGGAGUCAAAGAGCUUCAGCAGGAGCUGCAGCAGGAGAUCACUGAGCUGCAGAGGAAAGACGCUGAGCUGCAGCAGCUCUCACACACAGAGGACCACAUCCAGACUGAGAGGCAGAGAGAGCUGGAGGGGAGGCGGCGACAAAUCCAGCAGAGAAUCCAGGACAAAAACAAAGAUGUGGAUCUGCUCCAGCAGGAGGUGGAGGCCAUCGAUCAGUCUGCGGACAAAACAGUGGAGGACAGUGAGAAGAUGUUCACUGAGCUGAUCCGUCUCAUCCAGAACAUAAGUUCUGAUGUGGAGCAGCAGGUCAGAUCCCAGCAGCAAACUGCAGUGAGGGGAGUCAAAGAGCUUCAGCAGGAGCUGCAGCAGGAGAUCACUGAGCUGCAGAGGAAAGACGCUGAGCUGCAGCAGCUCUCACACACAGAGGACCACAUCCAAGGAGAAAUGGCGCAGCAGGGAAAUCAGCUGGACCGACAGAAAUUCUGCUGUUCGAUCUGUUUGGAUCUCCUGAAGGAUCCGGUGACUAUUCCCUGUGGACACAGCUACUGCAUGAACUGUAUUAAAGGCCACUUUGAUGGAGAGGAUCAGAGGGGAAUUCACAGCUGCCCUCAAUGCAGGAAAGUCUUCAUACUGAGGCCUGUCCUGGAGAAAAACACCAUGUUAGCAGAAAUAUUAGAAGACCUGAAGAAGACUGGACUCCGAGCUGCUCCUGCUGACCACUGCUAUGCUGGACCUGAAGAUGUGGCCUGUGAUGUCUGCUCUGGGAGAAAACUGAGAGCCAGAAAGUCCUGUUUGUUCUGUCUAGCGUCUUACUGUGAGGAACACCUUCAGCCUCAUUAUGAUUCACCUCCAUUUAAAAAACACAAGCUGGCGGAGCCGUCCAAUAAGCUCCAGGAGAACUUCUGCUCUGUCCAUGAUGAGGUGAAGAAGCUGUUCUGCUGCACUGAUCAGAAGUCCAUCUGUCUUGUCUGUACAAUGCAUGAGCAUCAAGGCCACCACAUUGUGUUACCUGCAGCAGAAAGGUCUGAGAGGCAGAGAGAGCUGGAGGGGAGGCGGCAACAAAUCCAGCAGAGAAUCCAGGACAAACAGAAAGAUGUGGAUCUGCUCCAGCAGGAGGUGGAGGCCAUCGAUCAGUCUGCUGACAAAACAGUGGAGGACAGUGAGAAGAUGUUCGCUGAGCUGAUCCGUCUCAUCCAGAAAAGACGCUCUGAUGUGGAGCAGCAGGUCAGAUCCCAGCAGCAAACUGCAGUGAGGGGAGUCAAAGAGCUUCAGCAGAAGCUGCAGCAGGAGAUCACUGAGCUGCAGAGGAAAGACGCUGAGCUAGAGCAGCUCUCACACACAGAGGACCACAUCCAGUUUCUGACCAGCUGCCCCUUACUGCCA